GAUCCAACAACCCUAACCCUCCGCCUCCGCCUCCCCCUCCGCCUCGCCUCGCCGACGCCGACGCCGAAGCGCUCUCCGCUCGUCGGCGACCUCUCGGCCCCCCGUCUUCCCCCGCGUGCCUCCGCUCGCAGGGCGAGAGAUUCGGCAGCGUACGGUCCGUGGCGCAACUCGCAAUGGAGCAAGAUCAGGGCGUUGCUGCCGCGGCGUUGGAGGGUCCGAGUGCCGGCCACGGCGGCGCUCCCGAUUCCGGUAGCGCGGGGGCUGGCGCCGCAGCCUCUUCCAUUGCGUCUUUCGAUUCGGCCACUGCAAACCCUGAUGCAAACGUUUACAGUCAGAAUCCGGGUUCCGUCCCGCAAGCCGAUGGCUCUCAGGGAGCGGAUGCCUCCAUGUACCCGGCCGAGCACGCUCCGCUAAAUGGGACUUCAGGCCAGACAGCAGAUUACCAGUCCGCUGGAGUUACAGAGAAUGGCGCCGCCACAAACGCGUUGGGCGAGCCGGUUCAAGAGCAGUUGUAUGAGGAUGCUGUACUUUCAGCUGAAGAGGCUAGGUUGUGGAAUGCUGUUACAGCGAAUUGCUUGGAUUUCAAUGCAUGGACUGCGCUUAUUGACGAGACAGAGAAAAUUGCUGAGAGCAAUAUCUUGAAACUGCGAAAAGUGUAUGACGCAUUCCUUGCGGAAUUCCCUCUCUGCUUUGGAUACUGGAAGAAAUAUGCAGACCAUGAAGCGCGUCUUGAUGGUGUCACUAAAGUUAUAGAGGUCUAUGAACGUGCAGUUCUUGCUGUUACUUAUUCUGUGGACAUUUGGUAUAACUAUUGUCAGUUUGCAAUUUCUACAUAUGAAGACCCAGAUAUCAUCAGAAGACUGUUCGAACGGGGUUUGGCAUAUGUUGGAACGGAUUACCGUUCCAAUAUUUUGUGGGAUGAGUACAUUAAGUAUGAAGAAUCACUGCAGGCAUGGAGUCAUCUAGCCAUCAUAUAUACGAGAAUAUUAGAGCAUCCUAUACAACAGCUUGAUCGAUAUUUCCAUUGCCUCAAGGAGUUGGCUGCAACACGAAGUUUAUCAGAAAUACUUACUGCAGAGGAAGCCACCAUGUAUAUUGUUACCGCUGAGAACACUGCUCAGACACUUGAUGGGGAGACACACACUGAUGAUAUAGACAUGCCUGCUCAACCAGAAAUUUCAGGUUCAGCAGAUGCGGAUAACUUGGCAAAAUACGUUUCUGUAAGAGAAGAAAUGUAUAACAAGGCUAAAGAGUAUGAGUCCAAGAUUGUUGGUUUUGAGCUAGGCAUUAGAAGACCAUAUUUUCAUGUUAAGUCCCUUGACAAUCCAGAGCUUGAAAACUGGCAUAACUAUCUUGAUUUUAUCGAGAAAGAAGAAGACAUAAACAAGGUUAUCAAGUUGUAUGAAAGAUGUGUUAUUGCAUGUGCUAGUUAUUCAGAGUUCUGGAUCCGUUAUGUGCUAUGCAUGGAAGGUAGAGGAAGCCUAGAACUAGCAAACAAUGCUCUGGCUCGUGCUACUCAUGUUUUUGUCAAGAAGCAGGCAGAGAUCCAUCUGUUCAGUGCAAGGUUCAAGGAGCUUAGUGGCGAUGUCUCUGGAGCACGUGUAGAAUACCAACAUCUUUAUUCUGAACUGUACCCUGGCCUUUUAGAAGCCAUUGUUAAGCAUUCUAAUAUGGAGCACCGACUGGGAGACAAAGAAUCUGCUUGUUUAGUUUAUGAGAAGGCCAUUGCUGCUGAAAAGGAAAAGGACCAGAGCCGGAUUUUGCCUAUUUUGCUGAUUCAAUACUCACGAUUUUUAUCUUUGGCCAUAGGUGAGGCAGAGAAGGCAAAGGAGACACUAACUGGAUUUCUUGAACAAUCUAACUUGACAAAAUCAAUUCUUGAGGCCAUCAUGCAACUAGAGUCAAUCUUUCCGUCUGAAAAGAGAAUUGAAUUUUUAGAUUCACUGGUUGAGAAGUUUCUUAUGGCUGAACCAACAGAGGGGGAAGCCACAAGUCUAGCUGAUAAGGAAGACAUAUCAUCCAUAUUUUUAGAGUUUUUGGAUCUAUUUGGUGAUGCACAAGCAAUCAAGAAAGCUACCAAUAGGCAUAUAGCUCAUUUUUCACGGAAGAGAAGCAUUCUUUUAUCAAAGAAGCGAAGAGCAGAUGAUGCUAUUAUAUCAGACAGAGAAAAAAUGGCUAGGACUGGGGAUGUUACUCAGCCAAUUGUGGGAAAUGAUCCAAAUGCUCCUAAUCCUCCAGUUUGGCCCCCGACCUCUGAAGCAUCAGGCCAACAAUGGGGAGCUGCUUAUGCACCACAGGCUACGUAUCCUGCGUAUGGAACUUAUGACUACAGCCAUCAAAUGCCUCAAUCGGCUCCUCAAACGGCUGCUUACGGUGCAUAUCCUCCAACGUACUCUGCUCAGGCCUACACACAGCAAACCUAUGCACAGCCAGCGGCAAUGGCAGGCGCAGCACCCGCACCCGCAGUGGCACCGGCGCCUGCACCGGCGGCAGCUUACCCGCAGCAACCUGUUGCAGCUCAGCAACCGUACUACGGAGCCGGCACAUACUACUGACCCGAGGACUGACAUUUGCCCUUGCGUUGUAUCUCUCGCAGCCUAAAUUAGCAUGUUUCUCAGUAUUUAUAGGUCUUAAGCCAUGGAAGGGCCCUUUGUAUUAGUACUAGCGUUACCGGAGGACCAGCAAGCACAGGAUUUGUAUAGCACUGGGUGGCAAUUUGUUGCUAGCAUCAGGUCAUUGUUUUCAUCUCUAAA